GCAGGGAGGGCGGCCGGCGGGCAGCGGCCCCGGCCCCGCCGCGCGCACCGCCAUGGUGGGCCGGCUGAGCCUGCAGGAUGUGCCCGAGCUCGUGGACGCGAAGAAGAAGGGCGACGGCGUCCUGGACAGUCCGGACUCGGGCCUGCCCCCCAGCCCCAGCCCCAGCCACUGGGCGCUCGCGGCGGCCGGGGGCGGCGGCAGCGGCGGGGAGCGGGCGCCGGCCCCUGGGGCGCUGGAGCCCGACGCGGCGGCCACCCCCGCGGCCCCGAAUCCAGCUUCUCUCCCCAACGCCCUGGGCUCUGGCUGCUCGCCAAGGUUAUGCCCCCUGUCGUUUGGCGAAGGAGUGGAGUUUGACCCCUUACCACCAACGGAAGUAAGGUACACGUCCUCAGUCAAGUAUGACUCAGAGCGACACUUCAUCGACGACGUCCACCUGCCCCUGGGCCUGGCGGUGGCCUCCUGCAGCCAGACCAUCACCUGCAUCCCCAGUUGCACGUGGCGCAACUACAAGGCGGAGGUGCGCUUUGAGCCGCGCCACAAGCCUGCCCGCUUUCUCAGCACCACCAUCGUCUACCCCAAGUACCCCAAGACCGUCUACACCACCACCCUGGAGUACAACUGCCGCAAGACACUGAGGAGGUUCCUGUCCAGCGUGGAGCUCGAAGCCAUGGAGUUCGUGGGCGGUGAUUACCUGUCGGAGGAGAGCUGACUGCAGCAGGCUGGGGGGCUGGCCCGGCUUUCCUGUCCAAGGGCCAGGCUGCCCUUGUGUGUCACUCCAGCCCCAGAAGAGUCUAACCCAGAGAUACCUCUAAGCCCAGCCUGGGGAAUAAAAAAAAAAAAAAAAAGGUCACAACAUCUUCUAAUUAUUGAAAGAAUUUGAUUUUUUACAAUUUUUUCCAAUUGUUUUUAAAAGGAGUGUGUUUCCUAGUUUGCUGCUACGUAGCUUCCCCGAAGUCUCAAUUUGAUGAGAAAAUAAAAGGAUGGCUAGAGCAAAAGGAAAAUGGCCAAACUUUGAAAUAGGGAAGAGGGGAGUGCUCUUCUUCCGUCGGUCAGUUUGUCUGAGGAAGAGCGUGGAAAAAAAUCUCUGAGAUGGAAAAAGUGAGUUGGAAGAACUUUCUGCCCCGGGUGUCUUCACUGCUACGAAAGUGGUGCUAAUUCAGUGAGCUGUGACACCCAUAUGGGUUCAAUCUGGAGAGUUGAGUUCCAUUCUGGUUUUUAAAAUUUCCAUUUGUAUUUCCUGUUAACCAAAACUCUUGGAAUUCUCUAAAUCUUUUUUGUGAUAUCGAAAAACCCCAAACCACAAUAUAAGAUGUCUUUCAAAAAAAAGAAAGAGAGGAAGGAAGGAAGGGAAAGGCAGGCAGGAAGGAAGGAAGGCGUUCACCCUGUUCUUGCCUGUAGAGUGGGGUCAGAUCAACUGGUGGCUGAGUCUGGGGGCAACAGCUCGGUUCUGGUUCCUUCCACGGGUGGGUUCCAAGCUCAGGCUCUGGUGAAGUGCCUUGAACCCCUGGCAUCUGGUAAUGUCUCCACAGGCUUGUGUAACUCUCCUGAUAUGUAUUUUGGGGUUUCCAAAUACUUUCCUAGUUUUUUCAUAAGGCGAAACAUAGCAGAGGGUCCUUUGGAGAGAAAUGGCAUUUUGAAAGAAUGCUUAGGGAAAACACUCUUGGGAGAGCCCACAGGGGGCGUUUCACUCACAGUGGGAGCCGACGGUCACACCUAGGACUUGACAGCCUCGGGGGGGGGAGGUGGGUACAGAUGUCUCUGGUGAUCUGGUUCAUCAGGCUGGGCGUCCUUUCCAGUGACCUUGGGUCAACACUGCGGAGGAAUUCUGCUGGUGCCUGAGGUCUGAGCGAAAAAGCAAGGAAAUCCACCUCCCUGCCUCCAGCCAAGGGAAGCAAAGGAGACCUGAGCAUAGGGAAGGACGCCACAAGUCAGGCUCCAAAGCCUGGGCGCUGGGGUGACCGUACACGUCUAAGCGUUCGUUUUAGUGUGACAAUCAUGGCGUUAAGUGUGAAUGGAAGAAACUGUGUGAAUUCAGCUGAACAGGCCACAGAAGCGUGGACACAGGCUGGGCCAGGUCAGGAGGGCGCGGGGGCCAGGCUGCCUCUGGCCUUCAACCUCCUGCCCGCCCUGCCUCACCCGGCCCGUACUUCUUUCUCCUGCCAAUCCCUGUGGAUUUUGAGUAAAGAAAGUGGCAGAUGGCUUUUGCUCUUCUUAUAUCAGAGAGAACAAAACCGUGGGUAUUUCCUUUGAAUGCAUCCAAGUUAUGUCAAGUGCUCGGGGCUUGCAGAGUCCUGGAAGCUCGGACUCCCGCUGUAUCUCCGGGUUUGUGCUGAUGGCUUCCGUCUGUCCUGAAAGCAGAAUUGAGAGCUCUCUGGGUACCCUGGAGCCACAGCAGGGAUUUUUGUUCUGAGGAGAGCAGGUGUGAUGAUAAUCACUGUCAUUUAAAGUCAUCAGAGGCCUAGAGGGCCAAAUGGUCUGCUGUCCUCUUCAGGUUGAAUAGUGUUUAGU